AGGUAGCUGAGCUGUCGAGUGUUGUACUGUUGACUGUUGUUAUUGGUUUCGGAUCCGGACUAUUGCGCAAAAGGGUUGUUGCUAGUACAAGUACCUGUAUCCACCUGAGUAGAACAGAUAGACUCAUUUGUACAAAAUGUCUACAGCUGCUUUGGAACAAACGGAAUCAUCCAAUUUCUUGGUGGGGCUUGCCUACAAGGCCAACGAAGUAUGGGCAGAUCUGAUCGAGUUUCUGGCUAAACUUCCAGGUGGUGCCAUCAUCAUCAACUACAUUAAAGCUUCGCACAAGAACGAUCCAUGGAGAACUAUUUUAGAAGCUCUUUUGGCGUUGUUUGCUAUCAAGUAUUUUCUAGCUUCAAGAUAUUCACAGGAUGAAAGAGACAAAAUGCUACUCUCUGGUAGAGAGACCGAGGAAUUGAUUGAAGAGUGGAUACCUAAACCACUUGUGCCUGAGAUCAGAAGUGACGAGCAGUGGCAGCUGGACACGAAUCCGUUGAUUGACGGGCCCAUCACCAAAAGAGUCAAGAUACAGCACCAUGAUGGUUCUGUCAGUGACGACGUUCUCAACUUUGCGUCUCUCGACUUCCUUGGCAUGAGCAUGGAGAAGCGUGUGAAGGAUGAGUCAAUUGGAUGUAUCAGAGAUGUUGGUGUUGGUGCAUGUGGGCCACCUAACUUCUAUGGUACCCAGAGUGUUCACGUAAGAUUUUGUGAGGAUAUAGCCAAGUUCUUGGGCGCAGAAGAUAGUAUCAUAUAUGGUCAAGAUUUCAGUACUCCAAUUUCGGUUUUACCAUGCUUUCUGAAAAGAGGUGAUAUUGUGAUAGUAGAUGGUGGUGCCAACCUUGCGUUGCAAAAGGCUGCAUUGAUUUCAAGAUGUCACAUUGAAUGGUUCAAUCACAAUGAUCUUGACCAUUUGCAAGAAAUCUUGGAAAGCUUGUCUGACGAUUUGGAGCAGGGCCCACUAAACAGAAGAUUUAUUGUCACUGAAGGAUUGUCCGAAAACUUCGGUGACUCUCCUGAUUUGAAAAAGUUGGUUGAAAUCAAAAACAAGUACAAGUUCAGAUUGAUCUUGGAUGAAUCGACCUCGAUUGGUACCCUGGGUGACAAUGGUCGUGGUUUGGCAGAAGUUUACGGUAUUCCAAGAAGUGAAGUUGAAAUUACCAUUGGUAGCAUGGCUCGUGCAUUUGGUGCCAGUGGUGGAUUCUGUGUUGGUGAUAAAGAUAUGAUCUACCAUCAAAUCUUGACCUCCAAUGCCUAUGUUUUCUCAGCUUCUUUGCCUCCCUAUGUCGCAAAGGCAUCAUCUACUGUUCUUCAACUCUUGACCGAAAAUGAAAAGGAAAACCAGGUUAAUCCGUAUAUUCAACCUUUAAAGGAAAAUAGUCAUUAUUUGCACUCUCUAUUCUCGACGUCAAAAGAUCUGCAAAAUUACAUCAUUGUUAAGUCGUGCAAUUAUUCCCCUUCUUUGCACAUAAGACUCAAUCCUGAAAUUCGUAAACAAUUGGGAUUACCUGAAUCUUAUGGUGGGCCAGGCUCAAUCAUCUCCAAAGCUGUGAAAAAUGGUAAUGAAGAGUUAUACUUCGAUCCUUUCUACAAUUUAGAAUGUUUCAAGCUACAAGAGAUUAUCAAUGAUUGUGUUAACUCAAAGGUUUUACCUACUAGGACGAAAAGAAUUCUACAUCAUGAACUACUUCCAGUGGUCCCUGAGAUUAUUUUCCACUUAUCUUCCCGCCACACCAAGAAGGACUUAGAACAUGCAUACUUUACCGUUUCGAAAGCUAUUAUUGACUGCAUCGACAACUGGAAAGCAAAAGGAAAUCAACUUCAAACAUAUUAAUAUCUCUUUUCAAUUUGAUUUUGCUAAUACUUUCUAUAUUCUUUAUUUCUCAGACCUUACUCAUAUAUAAUAAAUUUUGUUGAAAACUGAACAUUAAGUAACACACUACGGUUUUAUAGAAACUAAAUAAUCAUUGUUCGUGUUAUACACUAUUUUAUAUAAAUGUAAAUCUAAAAAACUCAUUCAGCCAUAAUCAGCUAGCUGCAUAA